AUGGAUUCAACUGGAUCUUCUUCUUCGAUUUACGUUGCCAUAGGUGAUUUCAACAGAGACGAUCGUUUAGAUAUUUUCGUCAUCAAUAAUGACACGAGCAGCAUAGAUAUCUUACUUGGAUAUGACGAGUUUUUUCCAAAUCAAACGAAAUAUCCAACUGGAUCUUAUCCGAUCUCUGUAGCUGUCAGUGACUUUAAUAACGACACCAUAUUGGAUAUCGUUGUCGCUAAUAAUGGUGAGAACACUGUAAGUGUACUUCUCGGAUAUAGCAAUGGCUCUUUGGUAACACAAGUGAGAUAUUUCACUGGCACCGAACCAGAAUGUGUAGCUGUUGGUGAUCUUAAUAAUGACAUUCGAUUGGAUAUAAUUGUCACUAAUUUUCAGAGUCACAAUAUAAGCGUACUUCUCGGAUAUGGUAAUGGUUCUUUUAUGAAUCAAACGACAUAUUCUACAGGUGCUCAUCCGUCUGGUUUAGCUGUUAGUGACUUUAACAACGACACCCGACUGGAUGUCGUCGUCACUAACUUUCGUGACGGGACUGUAAGCGUACUUCUCGGUUAUGGCAAUGGCUCUUUUGAAAAUCAAGCGACAUAUUCAGCUGGUUUUACUCCAUACAAGGUAGCUGUUGGUGAUUUUAAUAACGAUACCCUGUUGGACAUUGUUGUCACUAAUUCUGAUAAGAACAAUACUGUAAAUGUGCUUCUAGGAUCUGGUAAUGGCUCUUUUGCAAAUCGAGUAGAAUAUUCAACUGGCACUAAUCCAGAAUUUGUAGCUGUGGCUGAUUUUAACAAUGACAGCUACUUAGAUAUCGUCGUCGCUAAUUAUGAUGACAACACAAUAAGUGUACUUCUCGGAUAUGGUGAUGGCUCUUUUGCAAUGCAAUCGACAUAUUUAACUGGUGACAGGCCAAUCGGUUUAGCAGUCGGUGAUUUCAAUAAUGACACCCGACUAGAUAUUGUUGUAAGUAAUACUGGAAAUAAUACCAUAGGUGUAUUCCUCGGAUAUGGUAAUGGUUCUUUUGCAAAUCAGACGACAUAUUCUAUCGGUGCUUAUCCAUACACUUUAGCUGUUAGUGAUUUUAACAACGAUACCCGGCCGGAUAUCGUCGUCACUAAUUUUAUUGAAGAUACUGUUAGUAUUCUGCUCCGUUAUGACAGAGGAGCUAUGAAAAAUGAAAUUACAUUUACCACCAGUACUGGUGCCCAUUUGAGAAGCGUUGCCAUUUCUGAUUUCAAUAACGAUACUCUAUUGGAUAUCGUCGUUGCUAAUUAUGGUAGUAAUAACCUAGGUGUCAGUGUUGGAUAUGGAAAUGGUACUUUUGGAAACGAAAUGAUAUUCUCAACUGGAUUAAAAUCUCAUCCUUAUUCAAUUACAAUUAAUGACUUCAAUAAAGACGGUCAAGUGGAUAUUGCAGUGGCCAAUCAUGGUGCUAAAAGUCUUAGUACAUUUCUGGGAAAGGGAAACGGAACGUUUGAAAGUCAAACAAAUUAUAGCACUAGUUUCGAUUUUGCUCCAUUGACUGUCGGUGUUGGUGAUUUCAAUAGUGAUGGACAUUCAGAAAUUGUUGUGGCAUAUGAUGAUACUGACAAUUUGGAUGUGUUUGUUAUACAUGACAUCGGAGAUUUUUCUCGUCGAACGACAUAUUCAACUGAUCCUUGGCCAAUUUCUGUAGCUCUUGGUGAUUUUAAUAACGAUACUCGACUGGAUAUUGUUGUCACUACUACGUAUUUCAAUAAUGUAGCUGUAUAUCUUGGAUAUGGUAAUGGCUCUUUUACAAGUCAAAUGACAUAUUUAGCUGGCAAUUAUCCAUCCUUUGUAGCUGUUGGUGACUUUAAUAACGACGCCCGAUCAGAUAUCGUCGUCACUAAUUAUUUGGACAACACUGUAAGUAUCCUUCUCGGAUAUGGAAGUGGGUCUUUUUCAAAUCAGACGACAUAUUCAACUGGCUCUUUCCCAUUGUCUGUAGCUGUUGGUGAUUUUAACAACGACAACCGACUAGAUAUCGUCGUCGCUAAUUUUCAUAGCGAUUCCAUAAGUUUACUUCUAGGAUAUGGCAAUGGCUCUUUUGCAAGUCAAACGAAUUAUUCAACUGGCUCUUGGUCAUUGUCUGUAGCUGUUGGUGAUUUUAAUAACGACAUCCGAUUGGAUAUCGUCGUCGCUAAUUUUGAUAGCAACUCUAUAAGUUUACUUCUAGGAUAUGGUAAUGGCUCUUUUGCAAGACAAGUGGAAUACUCCUCUGGCACUAAACCAACAUCUGUAGCUGUCGGCGAUGUUAACAACGACAACCGACUAGAUGUCGUCGUCACUAAUCGUGAUGACAACACUGUAAGUGUACUUCUCGGACAUGGUAAUGGCUCUUUUGCAAAUCAGACGACAUAUUCUACUGGUGAUGGGCCACUCGUAGUAGCAGUUGGGGAUUUAAAUAAUGAUACUCGACUGGAUAUUGUUAUCGAUAAUUAUCGUGACAACACUGUAAGUGUGCUUCUAGGAUAUGGCAAUGGCUUGUUUGCAAAUCAAAUGACAUAUUCAAUUGGCACUAGUCCAGCCCAUGUAGCUCUUGGUGAUUUGAAUAACGACGGCCGACUGGAUAUCGUCUCCCCUAAUUACAAUGGUAAAAGUGUAAGUGUACUGCUAGGAUACUUCAAUCAAGCUUUUAUAAAACAAACAACGCUCAUAACUGGCAAUGGAUCUCGACCAAUGUCAUUUGCCACUGGAUAUUUUAACAGUGAUAAUCAACUGGAUAUAGCAGUCGUAAAUUCGGGUACUAACACCAUGGGCGUUUUUUUGGGAUAUGGCAAUGGCUCCUUCGCAAAUCAAAUAGCAUUUUCAACUGGCUCUACUCCAAUGUCUAUUGCUGUUGGCGAUUUCAACAAUGAUACCAUAUUGGAUAUCGUCGUCGCUAAUUCUGGCAAUGACACUAUUGGAGUAUUUCUUGGAUACGGUAAUGGCUCUUUCUCAAGUCAAAAGACGUUUACGACCGGCUUCACAUCUCUACCGUACGCAGUUGCUGUUGGUGAUUUCAACAAUGAUACUUUACUAGACAUUAUCGUUGCUAAUUAUGGCAUUAACAAUGUAGGUGUGUUGCUUGGAUAUGGUAAUGGUUCCUUUGCGGAUGUAAAGUUUUUUUUCGACUGAUUAUGGAUCUCGUCCGUUCUCAGUUUCCGUUGAUGAUUUUAACAAUGAUGGAAAGCUAGAUUUCGCAGUCGCUAACAAAGGUGCUGACAAUUUAAAAAUUUUUUUACAGACAUGUUAAUGUUGAAACUUCUAACUUGCAUUUUUUUUUCUUCUAUUCACUGUUUCUAAUUUCUACUUGGUGUUACCAAUAUUUCUUGUAAGUUUUUUUUUUUUACUAUUUUUGUCUUGAUUUAUAUAUUCAUAUAAACUGUGGAUGAACGCUAGGAAGCGAAACAAAAUGUGAUGCGUUUUCAUCUUGCUUGAAAGUCCUAUGAGAUUAGUUUUGACGUCAUAUCUAUUUUAUGUUGAUUCAUGAAAAUAGAAUACUCAAAUAGUUAAUGAACGAAACAAUAGCAAAAUGUUCUUGAAUGCUAUGAAGUAUCAGUUUAAGAGAUGGGUGUGAGAUGAGAUAUGUUUGAAUGGCCACUAUGAUUUAGAUUUCUGCAGGUGUUAUGUAAAGAAAAGAGCAAAUUAGCAAAUCAAUGAAACAAGCAACAAGAAGAACAACGUUCUUAUACAUAUGAAACAAGAAAGAAAGUUUGUUUUCUUGUGUUUUUUUUCAAUUCAAAAGAAAAAAUAGUGUAGAGGUGGGUGUGGAUUUUGUGUGGAUGUAAACGUGUGGAUAUCAUAAAAGAAAAUACCGAUCUCAUAACCACACCCACAAUCAGGAUGUGGGUAUGGUUGUUGGCGCGAGAGUCAUUCGCGAAUAGAUCCACACCCACACCCUGUUCGCUGUGAUCGUUAACUGUAUCGGAAAAACGAAGACUGAUUUACUUUGCUGCUCUUGGUUUAAGUGCAUCAAUACUGUAACUGUUGUGUUUUUUUACAAAGAAAAGGAGAAAGUUGGCUUACUUUACUUCUUUAUUUUUUUUACCUAUUCCAAUAGUUUCCGAAGGUUUGACACAAGCAAUACAAUGAUAAAAAAGGGCGUGGGUGUGAGUAUGAUAAGAAGAUGUUUACACACACCCAAACCCUGUUUUCGCUCUUACACAUGCCUUUUUCUUUUUCUUACCAUCUGACAUAUAAGUGUCAGAACGGGACAAAUAUCAUGCGCCACAUUAUCAACAAAAAAUUACUUAUUACAAACUUACUAAGAGGUAAUUACUCAAUACUAAUGAAAUGCAUGUUGCGAUGACAAAACAUAGCGGAUUAAUGGUGACAUUGAUCUGCCAGAGCAACAUCUUUUAAACUGAUUUAAAGAUAAACUCGACUACGUUUAUAUUAUUAUACGUUAUAUUAUCAACAGAAACAGC